UUUGUUUGUCCCGAGGCAAUGUCAAGCUCUAGAAUCAAGGCCAACCCUCAGGCUGCAUCAAUGUAUUUGAAAGUAGUUUUCAAUGCUGAAAUUGAAAAGGAGAAGAAGGGUGAUCCUAACAUUACCAAGUGGUUUUUGAUCCCAUACCAUCAAGAAAAUCAUUGGAUUUUGUACGUGUUAGACCUACGUAGAGGUUGUGCGUAUAUUUUCGACUCUGCGAUAGGUUCCAACCGAGAAAAUAGUGCAUGGGGAAUCUUGUGUUUGGCAUACCAAGUGUACAAGUUUAAUGAUGGGAUUUGUCCGAAUAGAGCGACUAUGCAGGGGUUGAAAGGCUUCCAUGUAAAGUGUUCUCAACAAGUCGGCGCCCGCGAGUGUGGCUAUUACGUUAUGAAGUUCAUGCAUGAAAUAGUCACGUUACACCAUAACACUGAUGAGCGGUUAGACAAUGCUUACACUCCAAGAAAUGCGCCUUAUACCGAUGAGGAAAUAGAUGUGGUUCGUGAGCAAUGGGCUAAGUUUUUUACAACCGAGUAUUUAUUUACUUAGGUUGUUUAGACACAAAGAUGGAAGCGUUUAUAUC